ACAUCCCUGCCGCUUCGCUGCACUAUGUUGCCGGACGAGCACGUCGCGGUGUGGCCUGCUCAGCGUGGCCGCUGCAGCGGAGGCGCAGCCCGUUUCUGUGCCGCGCCGGCGCAUCCGGUGCCUCGGCUGCUGUGCCGGGUGUUGGGCGCAGCAUCCAGCAGGGCCGGCCUCCAGCAGCAACGUGCAGCUCGUUGUCCAGCGUACUACGAGCAAGGUGUCAGCAGAAUGGGGCAUGGGCACUGGUCGGAGGGGGUACCGCACAGGGAGCUAGCGCAACUUCCUGCAGCAGUGCAGCUUGUGUCAUGCGGGCAGACGCAGUGCUCCAGUUCACAGUCCCACACGGUGGAGCCAGUCCCUGCGGCUGACUUCUUCUCACGGGGAAACCCCUUUCCUCCCACGACACGUGCGACUUUAACUGGAUGAGGCGCGCCUUCGCGGUUUUUGGGCUGCGUCGUGAGCCCUUUGCAACCAGCGCUCCCUACACCUCACCCAGAUUUCUAUGCAAUAUAAAUCCUGAUUUUCUACUGGCUGCAAGAGUCAGCGCUGGGUUUCAGGGGCGAUGAGACAGGGGCCCAUCGCAGGUCC